CUCAGUGACACAGAAGAAAAAAUCAAACUCUUUGUUUCACACACACACUUAUCAAGAAACUAUGAACAUGGAUACUUCUCAAUCUCAUCAGAAUCUAAACAACAACUGGCUUGCCUUCUCUCUUUCCAAUACCAAUAGUCUCUUCCAACAGCCACACGCCACCGCCUUCCACCAUCAUCAUGAAGGCGAUGCCAUCGGAACAACCACCCAUCAUGACUUGUCUGUUCUCACCGACGGUAGCCCAAAACUGGAAGACUUCCUCGGCGGCUGUGGCUCCGCCGCCUCUAAUGGAUCUGGUCCCGACGUUUGUCAUUUCCAAGAUGAAUCACAAGCCUCUAUGCAGCCCCAUGACACCACAUCGAUUUAUGACUCCGAGUUAAAGACCAUCGCCACUAGCUUCCUCCGUGAUUUCUCCACCGACAACCAUCAGCAGCAGCUGGCGGUGGUUCCUACACCACUGAAGCAGGAUAACUCUCCGGCGAAAAAAGCCGUCGAUACCUUCGGCCAACGAACUUCCAUUUACCGUGGCGUUACAAGGCAUAGAUGGACGGGGAGAUAUGAAGCUCAUUUAUGGGAUAAUAGUUGCAGAAGAGAAGGCCAAAGUAGGAAAGGAAGACAAGUUUACUUGGGUGGAUAUGAUAAGGAAGACAAAGCAGCUAGAGCUUAUGAUCUUGCAGCCCUCAAAUACUGGGGUCCGACCACCACAACAAAUUUUCCUGUUUGCAACUAUGAGAAAGAGCUUGAAGAAAUGAAGAACAUGACUAGGCAAGAAUUUGUUGCUUCACUUAGAAGGAAAAGCAGUGGCUUUUCUAGAGGAGCCUCUAUUUAUAGAGGUGUCACAAGGCACCAUCAACACGGACGUUGGCAAGCAAGAAUAGGAAGAGUAGCCGGUAACAAAGAUCUGUAUCUUGGAACCUUCGGCACACAAGAGGAAGCCGCGGAGGCCUAUGACAUCGCCGCCAUCAAGUUCCGUGGAUUAAACGCGGUCACAAAUUUCGACAUGAGCCGGUAUGAUGUAAAUAGUAUUGCCAACAAAAACCUCCCAAUUGGAGGCAUGAGUAGCAAAUCCAAGACUUCAAUCGAUCAAUCUCCUGCUGAUGAACAAACAAACACUAAUAUUGUUAGCUUUGCGAUGCCAAUGAAACAAGAUCUAUCAACAGAUUAUUGGAGUUCGGUCUUAGGGUACAACCAAAACCAAGGCAUGACAUCAUACCAAGGUACAACACCAUACAGCAUGGAAUACCCUUCGAGUACAAGUACUACAAGCAACAAUGGGUAUUACCAUGGAGGAGGGUUUAUUCAACAGGAGAACAAUAAUGGUACUGUAGUUGCUUUAAGUAAUGGGUCAACAGUUCCCAUGGGUGCCCCUGUAGGGUUGAAUGGAUCAAGUUAUGGAAACUGGAUAGAACAGUCUUUUCACUCAAAUCAACCUGCCAAGCAAAAUCUAUCAGUUUUUCAGACACCCAUUUUUGGAAUGGAAUGA